AUGUCCGGCAACGAGCGGGCAAACUCUUCAGUCUCCGAUGAUAGCCCGUUGGAGGAAGAUGUUCCUCAAAGAAAUGAGGUAGUGCUAGAGGAAAUUGGCGGGAACCCAGAGCAAUCCCAGCUUCAAAAUAAGUCAAAGAAUGGUUCUGAGAAUAUUCCAAAAAAUCAACAGGGCCCUCCUUCUACUUUUACCAAUCCUCCUCCUGAUGCACCUGCUACUAAAGGAAGUGGCCAUUCGUUCUUCAGUGAGGAUUACAAGCAUCACAGACGUCGUUUGGUAAAACGAUUUUUGCUCAAUAACUUGAUGUUGUGUGUUUUCAUUUUGGCUGCAUUUUCUAUUUAUUGGGGUUCUUAUUAUCAAAGAUCUAGUAGGUACAAAAACUUGAAGAUGUUGGUUGUGAUUGAAGACGAUCAAACAAUUGAGGGAGUUGAGCCAGUGUUUGGAAACUCUAUGGACCAAUUGUUGCGGUCUGCAACGGCGAAAGAACAUGGCGAUUGGUAUAUUUACAGUCUGACUCAGUUUAAAAAGAGAGCAGAUGUCAACGAAAAUAGUAUUGAAGAUGAGAUAAAUCGACUCAUCCACCACCAAGAGUACUGGAGCUCUAUCCACGUACUUCCCAAUGCAACAUACAACUACUACAAUGCACUCAAAAAUGGCGAUUCUAGCUACAAUGUUACAGCCAACACGGUAAUUUCGCGAUAUGAAACGGGCAGAGAUUUCCUUAACAUGCAACUGUACAUCACCCCUCAAGUUCAGGCAAUUGAAAAACUUUGGUUAAAAGAACAGCCCAAUAUGGUAUCCAAGAUUAUCAAUAGUACCAUCGAUAUCAAUUCAGCAUCCAAGAUUGCUCUUUUGAGCCUGCCAUUGGUUUUUGAAUUUCUUGAUCGAGCUCCAUUCACCGACCCUGUUUUGGUUGCGCCAUGUCAGGUUGGUUUUAUCUACAUGAUUAUUCUUACAUUUUUUGUAUUCAACUUUUUCACCGAGGCACACCAAAUCGCUGCAAAAUCCGGAGUAAAGAAACCGCAUUUUAUGCUAUACCGAUACUUGUCGUCCAUCCUUACCUACGUUAUCAUUUCAUUGUUUUUUGGUUUGGUGACGUUGGCUUUCCAAGUUGAUUUUACCGUCACGUAUGGAAAAUCAGGGUUCCUAGUUUACUGGUGUAUUGCUUUCUUGACAAUGUGUGCUGUGGGAUUGGCCAACGAAAUCAUGGCAAUGACUUUGAUUAUGAUUCAUCCUCCAUUCCUUGGAUGCUGGAUGUUGUCAUGGGUUGUCAUCAACAUAUCACCAACAUUUGGUCCAAUUGCAUUGAUGAAUCGAUUCUAUAGAUAUGGCUAUGCUAUACCUAUACACAAUAGUUUUGAAGCCACAAAGACUGUGUUUUUCGACGUUUACAAGGGUCAAUUGGGUCGUAAUUUUGGUAUUUUGAUUGCUUGGUGGGCAGUCUUGACAUUGAUUUUUCCAUUUGUUGUUGUACUUUUUGGUAAAACCAUGGCUAAAAGAGCACAAGCAGCUGCCAAGGCAGAGGCUGAAGCUAGAGCAAGAAAACAGGAAGAGGAGAAAAAAGGAGAGAAAGGGCAACAAGGCGUUUAA